AUGGCAAAAAUAGAAACAGAAGAUCACAGAACAGCACUUUCUCAGUCUUCUUCAUCAUCCUUGACUAAAGCCAUGAAGGAAUCACAGCAAAGCAACUCUGAAGGCACUUUCAAUGGGGAUAACUUUCACUCCGUUGACAAAUAUAGUUCAAAUUAUUUACCAAGGGAGUUUAUGACAUCUCAGGCAAAAGCAGUUAUUAAAACUACUAAAGAUUAUUUGCAGCCUCAGUUUGGCCCCAACAGACUGUUGCUUUCAGCAGCAAUAUCAGAAGGGUCAGGACUUCAAAAUUGCUCCACACAUCAAACAGUAUCAGAUCAUAGGCAUGGUGAAAUAUCAUACCCGGACAGCUACAAAUCAAACAGAAACAACAAUUCCUGUUUUAUAUCAGCAUCCAAGAGAAACAGACCUGUCAGUGCUCCGGAGGGUCAACCGAGAGUUGUAGAGUUCUCUUCUUUAAAAUUUCAGUCGGCCCAGAAUUGGCACAGAAUCUCUCAAAGACAUAAGCUUCAACCCAGAGUGAUUAGAGUAACAGCUUACAAAAAUGGAUCUAGAACAGUCUUUGCCAAAGUUGCUGUACAAACCAUCUCCUUGUUGCUGGAGGAGUGCACGGAGAAGCUGCAUCUGAACAUGGCCGCACGACGAGUGUUCUUGGCAGAUGGCUCUGAAGCCCUCGAACCUGAAGACAUACCCCAUGAAGCCGACGUUUAUGUUUCAAUGGGAGAGCCCUUUUUAGAUCCAUUCAAAAAAAUUAAAGACCAUCUGUUGUUAAUGAAGAAAGUAACUUGGACAAUGAAUGGGCUGAUGUUUCCUACUAAAGUCAAGAGACGGAAAACCAAGCCUGUUCUUUCUACUAGAAUGAAGAAACUUACUGGGAAGACCUCAAUCCGAAUUCUGUUCUUUAGGAAUGGCAUGGGGCAAGAUGGGCAUGAGGUUAUAGUGGGAAAGGAAACAAUGAAAAAGGUUUUAGAUACUUGCACAAUGAGAAUGAACCUAAAUUCACCAGCCAGAUAUCUUUUUGAUUUGUAUGGCAGAAAAAUUAAAGAUAUUUCAAAAGUGUCAGCCAGAUGGUUUCUAGAUGCCUGGUUUGAGCGGGAAUUUCUCCAGUUGCUACUAUCUGGGCUCCUGCUGUGGGUGUCAUCCCUUGGGACCUCAGAAGUUGAGUUGGGUCUACACCAGCUUUAUCAUGUGCCCUACUUCCAACUGAACCGAAAGAUAAUCACAACAUCAGAACCACACCCAGCACAUUCAGAACAGCAAUCCUCAGUUUCUAAUGUGGCCAUUCCUAGCAAAAUGAUGUUUCCAAAAUCCUGUAUUUGGCAUGAUCCAGACCCCUGGCACUAUUGA